UGCUUACACAACGGUUCAGCAGGAUGAAGAUAAUUUCGUCUGCAAACAUUUGGUUGAUAUUCGUGACUGUUCACUUCGUGCAGUGCAUCUACAUACCACCAGAAGAGAAAAAAUUGAAUUGCAAAGAACGACAAAAAGCCGGCUCCGACCCGUUCAUCCUACACUGCGCGGAUGACGGUUCGUUCAAGCCGCUUCAGUGUGACGACUCCACGAACCUGUGCUACUGUGUACACCCUGAGCGGGGCACGGUGUACUACGAGACGGCCGUCGACUUCACCGCCGAACGGGCCCAGGGACAGGACUGUGACAAGUACUGGCAAAAACAGGAUGCCCAAAAUGACGCAGUCGUCCCGAUGAUUCUAAAGUUACCUGUGGACCAACCAAUUGACAUCACAGCUCUCUCAAACGACUUCGAAGAGAACGCCGAAGACAAGAAGACCGGCGUUGUCCAAAUAACAAGUGCCAACCUUCCACAAAACUUCGAUGAGCAAGGUGACUUCACUGCCACGAAGGAAGUGACUAAAACCGACGCUGACGUCACUCACCUCAGUCAACCAAUCGCAGUGCCUGUACCAUACAAGUUAGAAGAUGACGCCACUGCGACGAAAGAAGUGACUAAAACCGACGCUGACGUCACUCACCUCAGUCCACCAAUCGCAGUUCCCGUACUAUACAAGUUAGACGAUGAUGACCGUGAGAAGAACCAAACUGAGCUUGCCGGUCGUCCAAUCCCAGUGCUGUACGACAAAGUCCCAACUGACGUUCACAUUGACGCCGACAAUCACACGAAUACUCCCGACGUAGAGCCGACAGAAGAUAUCCCACCUGUUGUCGCCUUGUCGUGCAACAAAACUAUCACAAACUGUAGUCAGGAUGUCUUCAAUGCCACAAGCAACCCCAUAGAAACGACAGGAGAAUACAAUGGGUACAACACUAAAGCUCCCUCGGCUAUCCAACAGUCACACGUGGCUAAGUUACUGACGAUCCCUGAGAAAAGCUACCUGUUCGACCUGCGGGUCACCAGUAUGAAGUGGACGCCCUCUCUGAAGAACACCAGCUCGGAGGAGUACGUUUCUAUGGAGAAACGUUGUCAUGACAUGAUGCUGCCUCUAUUCGAAGAACUGCCCGGAUUCUUGGCUCUGAAAAUCCUCGGCUUCAAAGAAGGCAGUAUUAUUGUGGAACAUGAGGCCCUGUUUGACUACACCAGAGUGACGUCAUCAGAUGACCUGAGCUCCCGGCUCCGUGACGCAGUGGAGGGGGGCACACUCGACCCCAACAUGACCUUCGACUCUCUCGUCAUCUACGAUGAUGCGGAUAUUGACUUGUGCGACUACGCCCAGUGUGAGGACCACUCCCAGUGCGUAGCGCCCCCUGGCGAGAAAGUACCGCUCUGCAGGUGCCACACCGGUUACGGCAGUCUGGAGGGGUCGGUGUGCACGUCACGGUGUGAGCUGGAGCCGGGGUACUGUCACAACGACGGCAGGUGUGACGUGGAGCCGGAACUAGGAGUCAUCUGCAGAUGUCGAGCCGGCGCGUCCUGGUGGCACGUGGGGGAGCGGUGUGAAACCUACAUGUCCUACUUCAUGGUGUUCUCUAUCGGGGGCGGGGCAGUGGGCGGAGUCUUCGUCAUCAUGCUGCUGUCAAUCAUCAUCGUGGCCAAGAGGGUUCCGAACAAGACCCGGCCGUCCAACUACUUCCCAAGUCACUACAGAAGGCCCUUCUUCAUCGAGGCGAACGGUUCGACCGUGCUGAGCGGGCCGUCCACCUUCUCCGAGACCACGUGGAAGGAGAACCCGAUGUUUAUCGACGAGCAGGAGGAGGACAUCUACAGCACCAUCAGCCGGAAGGUCGGGCAGGAGAUCUCCCGCGAGCUGAGGGAACUGGAGGCCACCGACAUCGAGGAUCCCUACGGCAUCAUAGGGAUGUUUGCAAAAGCGGAGUCCGGGAUCUCCACGGCUGGUACAAAACUGCCCCCUGGGGACUGGAAUGGAGUGGUGCGCUUCAAACCGACGGUGGAGUGCAUAGAUCCGAACUGGAAGUUCAAGAUCAAGCGGCCCCGCUAUGCGUUCAACCCGGAGUACGAUCAGCAGAGGGACGAUUUGUCUUGGCCCUGACGAUGCCGCCAUCUAGCGGCCUGUAAAUAAACUGCAACACCAACGAUACUUAGUACUCAAAUUACUAGAUAUCGGGAGGUAUUUUGUCACGUCUCAUAACGUACGAAUGUAUCUUUCAGAGCGAAUAUUAAGAAUGUGUGAAAAAAACUCUUUCGACAUCUGUUUUGAUAUUGUGACAA